AUGGGUAAGGACAUAAUUGAGCAGGAGUCGCCCACUGAACCCGGAGGACGUAGCAGAUUGUGGUUCCAUAAAGAUGUCAAGCAUGUUCUGACUAAUAAUAAAGGAACAAAUAAAAUCACAGGCAUCAUGUUAAAUUUCCCCAAAAAAAGUUAUGAGAUAUUCUUGGAUGUUGGCAGAAGCUUCUCGAAGAUGAAAAAUGUUAAAAUUCUCAUGAACUACAACGUAUACCUUUCUGGAGACCCUAGUUCUAUCCCAAACAAUUUGAGAGUGCUUGAUUGGAAAAGAAGUCCACUUAUGCUAGCUCCUAGUUGGUUAAGUGAUUAUCUUGUUGAUGAUCUGCUUGGAAUUGUUCAUUCUAGAUUGGUCUGUUUAGACCAGGUUGUGUAG